UCCUCGGCAGACACCCGGCCCAGCCAUGGAGGCCCCCGAGGUGCCCGUGGGCUCCCUGAUCGACCUGGGCUCCGAGCCACCGGCCCCCUCGCCCGGGGACACGCCGCGGCCCAAGCUGCAGGACGAGGAGGGCUCCCAGGGCGACGGCGCGUCCGAGAGCGAGGCCACCGAGUCGGCGGACAGUGAGACUGACAUGGGCGAGUCGCCCUCGCACCCGUCCUGGGACCAGUACCACCGCUCGCCCUCCGACGACUCCUUCUCCUCCAACCAGAGCACCGAGUCGGCCAAGGACGAGGAUGCGCUGGAGCUCCGGGAGUUCAUGCGCAACUACGUGGAGAAGAUCUUCUCGGGAGGGGAGGACCUGGACCAGGAGGACAAGGCCAAGUUCGGGGAGUUUUGCAGCAGUGAGGACGGCAGAGGCCGCGAGUGGUUCGCGCGCUUCGUCAGCGCCCAGCGCUGUAACUCCAAGUGCGUGUCCGAGGCCACCUUCUACCGCCUGGUGCAGUCCUUUGCCGUGGUCCUAUUCGAGUGCCACCAGCUGGAUGACUUCGGCCCAGCCAAGAACCUCAUGACGAUGUGCUUCACCUACUAUCACAUAGGGAAGCCGCACCUGCUCCCCGGGGAGGCGCGGGAGAAGCCGGCGGGCACCAUCGACUCGUACCUGAAGUCGGCCAACAGCUGGCUGGCCGGGACCAAGGACAUGGCGGGCCGCCUGCUGAGGGGCACGGCCAGGCCCGAGCAGGCCAGGGGCUUCUUCGCCGGGCUGGAGACCAAGCUGAAGAGCCCGCUGGGCCGGAGGGAUGAGGAGGAGGAGGACAAGUCCCCCGGGAAGCCCCAGCGGGCAGGGAGCGCGGGCAGCCCCGAGGAGGAGAGGAAGGGGGAGAAGAUCUACCUGUACUCGCACCUGAAGCAGCAGCCCAUCUGGCACACGCUGAGGUUCUGGAACGCGGCCUUCUUCGACGCCGUCCACUGCGAGAGGAGGAAGCGCUCGCCCACCACCAGAGGGGAAGCUGGAGAGAAGGAGCCGAGGGAGAAGUGGGGCCACAUGACGCAGGAGGAGCGGGACGACAGCCUGCGCUUCCACGAGAACAUCACCUUCGGGCAGCUGGGCACGUUCACACACAACAUGCUGGCGUUCGGGCUCAGCAGGAAGCUCUGUGGUGACUUCCUGAAGAAGCAGGCGGUCAUCGGCAACCUGGACGAAGAGCAGUACAAGCUCCUGCUCGAGCACUGCGACCAGAUGGCCUCCGAGUAGCUGCCCGCCGCCCAGUCUGCCCCCACCGCGUGCCACAGUGUCCCUGGGACUCCGGGGCUCGAGCCGAGUGACCGUCCGGACCCC